AAACAAAAGGCCGCUCAAUUGCAGAUCUGAAAAGCCACGGUACAACCACCCUCCUCCUCUGAACUUCGAGCACUGAGCGAGAUUUCGACUGGGGCGUGGGCAACCAAGCUUACGCUAGGAUGGGCGAUGUCCAGAUUAUGUCCAGGCGCAUGGUCCGCCCGAAAUCAAGCACCUUCCGCCCGCCCGAGCGUCAGCCGGAGACCAUCCACCUGACGCCGUGGGAUCUCCGGAUGUUGAUUGUGGACUACAACCAGAAGGGCGUCCUCCUGCCCAAGCCCCCCGCCGCCGCCGCCCAAGGAGUCGUGGACCGCCUCGCCUCGUCCUUGGCGCGCACCCUGGGCCAGUUCUUCCCCCUCGCCGGCCGCCUCGCUGUCAACGACCACGGGGACGGAGACGGCCAAACCAUCUCGCUCCGCUGCAGCGACGAAGGCGCCGAGUUCGUCCACGCCAUGGCGCCGGGUGUCACCGUCGCGGACGUCACCGCCCCGCUAUGCAUCCCGCGGGUGGUAUGGUCCUUCUUCCCGCUCAACGGGAUGAUUGGCGUGGAGGCCGCCGCGGGCUCUCGCCCUGUCCUGGCCGCGCAGGUCACCGAGCUCGACGACGGCGUCUUUGUUGCCAUGUCGGUCAACCACGGGGUGGCCGACGGGACAACCUUCUGGCACCUGUUCAACACUUGGUCGGAGAUCAGCCGGCGUAGUGUCAACGGCGACCCCGAAUGCGAGAUCUCCUCGCCGCUGCCGGUAUUCGACAGGUGGUUCCCCAACGGCUGCGCCGUCCCCAUCGCAGUACCCUUGGGCAAGCUGGACGACAUCGUGGGGCACCGUCGAGGGGCUUAUGGUCAGCGCCCACCGGUACAGGAAUGCUUCGUGCGUUUCUCCGGGGAGAGCGUCAAGAAGCUCGUGUCAAAGGCGAACGCCGAGAUGUCUGGCUCCGGCACCACCAUCUCCUCGCUGCAGGCCGUGCUCGCGCACCUGUGGCGCGCGGUGUGCCGCGCCUGGAGGCUGGCGCCUGAGGAGGAGACGCGGUACGUCCUCCAGGUCGGAUGCCGGGGCCGCGUGGACGGCGUGCCGGCGGCCUACUCUGGCAACGCGGCAGCGCUCGUCGCGGCCGAUUCAACCGCCGGCGAGAUCCUGGAGAAAGGGCUGGGCCGGGCGGCAUGGCUGCUGAACCAGGCCGUGGCGUCGUUCGACGGCGCGCGUGAGAGGGGGGAACUCGAGAACUGGGCCCGGGAGCCUAGCUUCGCGAUGCCGUCGGAGUUCCUGCUGGGCGCCGGCGCUCGCUCGCUGCUGCUCACGGGGAGCUCGCAGCGGUUCGACGUGUUCGGCAACGACUUCGGGUGGGGCGCGCCGGUGGCGGUGCGGAGCGGCGCGGGGAACAAGAUGGGAGGGAAGGUGACGGUGUACGAGGGCGGGUGCGGCGCGGGGAGCAUUGCGCUGGAGAUGUGCCUUGCCCCGGACGCGCUCGCCAGGCUCGUCGCCGACCAUGAAUUCAUGAGCGCCACCGUGCCGUGAUCUCCGGCACACCAGCCGGCCGGCCGGCCGAGCGAUUUGCACGUGUGUCAUGUAAUUGAUGCUGACCGCAUCACCCAAAUUUGAUUUGUUUGAUUAUUAAUAAAUCCAGUUGGGGGUCAUACUCAUAGCGUGCAGCACGAGUAAGUAGAAAACAGAAGCAAGCCCCUCAAAGAAAA